AUGGUCAGCUCCAGCUCUAUUGAAAUUCCCAGCAGCACCCCAGUUGAGCUUUCUUCUAUUCCUACCAUCUCCCCCUCCGCUUCCAGCAGUAGCAUCUCCGUUGGACCAUCAUCUGUCCCCACCGUCUCAGCACCCGAGAGCACCAGCAGCUCUGUCGUUAUUCCUUCAGGUAGCGAGACCUCAACUUCCUGCAGCACUUCAAGCGGCGCCUAUCCCACUGGUGUGAACUCUAGCUAUGGCGUAUAUCCUACUGAGUCAGCAGUGUACCCAACUGAGACAUACUCUGCCAGUAAGGGUGCCGAGUACCCAGCCGAGAGCUCCAAGGGCUACGGAGAAUACCCAGCUGCGUCCAGCACUGGUUAUGACAGCACGCCUUCUGUCACCGAGAAGCCUGAGCAAUCCGAGUACCCGACUGUUCCCACCGGCUCUACCACCAGUGUCGUUACCACCACCUACGUCGAUGUUUGCCCCACUGGUCUCACCACUGUCACCACGACGUACGUUGAGACUGUUUGCACCAAGUGCGCGAAGCCCACCGGCACCGCCGAUGUUCCUGAGGGAUGGACCACGAGCGUAUACACUGCCAGCACCUUGACUGUGACAAUCACCAAGCCCAUUGCCACCGUCACUGCUGUGCUUGAGUACCCAUCCUCCGCUCCUUCGGUCGUGUACCCUGCGGAGUACCCUGCUUCCCCCAUUUCUUCUGGAAAGCCUGCAUAUCCAGUCGUGCCUGAGGCUUCCAAGGCUGCGUACCCUGUCGUCCCUGAAGCCUCCAAGGUCGCGUACCCUACCAUCCCUGAAGUCUCCAAGGCCGCUGAAUACCCCACUGUUCCUGAAGUCUCCAAGGUUGCUGAGUACCCUGUGGCUCCUGCAUCUUCUGCGGCUCCUGAGUACCCAGCUCACUCUGUGCCUUCUGUGCCCUCCGCCGCUCAGCCCGCCUCUUCGCCUGCUGCCGAGUACCCCUCGUAUCCUGUUGGCACUGGCUACCCCAAGAAGCCCGUGGACCAUGAGGCUGUCAGCAGCACGCACGUGACUCUCAGCAAGGUUGCCGUUCCUACUUACAUUCCUGCACCUUACCCAUCGGCUGGUGUUCCUUACAUCCCUGCCGGCCCUGCUAAGAACGCUACUAGCGAGUAUGUCCCCAUGCCCACUGGUACCGGCAAGCCCGUCACACCUCUCCCAUCUAUGCCACCGCAGUUUGAGGGCGCUGCUAGCCGCGCUAGUGUCGGCUUCAUGAUGUUUGUUGGUGCUGUCGGUGCUGUUCUUGCCAUGUAA